GAGAGAAAGAGCCCCAAAGGCGGGGUUGAGCCAGUCUUUUCUUUGUAAAUCAAUAGCCGCUGUGUUAUGAGUGGUUCAGGGGCAGCACUUGAUUUGGGGAAGCGUUUUGUCUGAGCUGGAGAAAAAGCUGCAGUUUUACUUUGGGGCGGGUUAUGUGGGACAGACGGGCUGCUGAGAGGCGUCGGGGGCUUUUCGGGAGACGCGCGAGUGGGGAUGAGGACACGAGCGCGCACGCAGUUCGCUUUCAGUAGGCAAUCGUAAAAAAAGCUUUUAUUAAAAAGCAUACAUUUAGAUUAUUUGUUUUGACAUCAGCCAUUUUUAACUCAGUUGGUACAACUGAACGUAGCCUAUUUAAAAUAUUUUUUUUAAAUACUUCGUGGACAUGGAAGGAAUUACAAUGGCCACGUUUUAAGACGGAAAAAAUAAUAAAUAAUAAUAAAUAACUACAUGUGUGCAGUGAGAAGUGGAAAAUGAAGACGUCCACGGGAAAGGACAAUAUUUGCUUGACGUUACUGAUGCUCCCCGUGCUGAUCAUCUUGACGCGAUGCGCUGCAGGUAAGAACUUGAAAUAUAAAGUUUACGAAGAGCAGAAAGCGGGGACGGUGAUCGCUCGGCUGAGGGAAGAUGCGGCCGACGCGCUGUCCGCACUGCCGAGCUCGGUGCCCCUGCGGUUCCGCGCUAUGCGGCGGGGCAGCGCCGCUCUCCUCUCGGUCCGCGAAGAUGACGGCGAGAUCAGCGUCGGGGAGAAGAUCGACCGCGAGAAGCUCUGCCAGCUGCACCCCAACUGCUCCAUUGAAUUCGACGUGAUUACUCUCCCGACCGAGCAUUUGCAGUUAUUCCACAUAGAGGUGGAGGUGCUGGACAUUAACGACAAUUCGCCCCAGUUUUCGCGCUCCCUCAUCCCCAUCGAGAUAUCCGAAAGCGCCGCGGUGGGUACCAGGAUCCCUUUGGACAGUGCCACGGAUCCGGACGUGGGCGAGAACUCCCUCCACACCUACUCCUUAACCCCUAACAACUUCUUUAAAAUUGACAUAAAAACCAGAACCGACGGUGCUAAGUACGCGGAGCUCGUUGUGGUCAAGGAAUUGGACAGGGAGGUGCAGUCGAGCUACGAACUCAGGUUAAUUGCGUCAGACACAGGUGUGCCACCUAGAUCUGGUUCCACACUCCUUAAGAUAAGCGUUUCGGACUCUAAUGAUAAUAGCCCAGUAUUUGAAGAGACGUCACAUGUAAUUUUUCUUUCUGAAAAUUCACCAGUGGGAGCUGUCCUGAUUGAUCUUAACGCCACUGACCCCGAUGAGGGGGCUAAUGGUAAAGUGGUAUAUUCAUUUAGUAGCCAUGUAUCUCAGAAGAUACUGGAGACAUUUAAAAUAAACCCAGAAAAUGGUCAGCUGACUCUGCUAACGAGAGUGGACUUUGAAACGGCUGUGUCCUAUGAGAUUGAUGUCCAAGCACAGGACCUUGGACCUAAUUCAAUUCCUGCACACUGUAAGAUUAUUAUUAAAGUGGUUGAUGUUAAUGACAACAAGCCUGAAAUCAGCAUUAAUUUAAUGACUUCUGGCAAAGAGGAGGUAGCGUACAUACCAGAGGGGGCUCCCAUAGACACAUUUAUAGCCCUGCUAAGGGUUGAGGAUUUAGACUCGGGCCUAAACGGAGAGGUUAUCUGCAGGCUGCAUGGGCACGGGCAUUUUAAGCUUCAGAAAACUUAUGAAAAAAACUACAUGAUCUUAACCAAUGUUUCCCUGGAUCGAGAAAAGAGAUCUGAGUACAGCAUAACUCUGAUAGCAGAAGACAGAGGUACUCCAAGCCUUUCUACCAUUAAGCAUUUCACUGUGCAGGUUUUGGAUGAGAAUGACAAUCCACCUCGCUUUGAGAAGAGUAGAUAUGAAAUCUUCAAGUCUGAGAACAACUCGCCCGGAGCCUAUCUCACAUCAGUUGUGGCCACUGACCCAGAUCUGGACACCAACGGACAGGUCACCUACACGAUUCUAGAGAGCUUUGUCCAGGGGAGCCCUGUCUCCACCUAUGUGACCAUUGAUCCCUCAAAUGGAGCCAUCUAUGCGCUCAGGAGUUUUGAUCACGAGGAAGUCAGCAGAUUCAUCUUUAUUGUUCAAGCGAGAGAUGGCGGGAAGACCCAGUUAACGAGCAACGCCACCAUCCUGCUCACCAUUCUGGAUGAGAACGACAACCCCCCAGUGAUUGUGGUUCCACAACUGCGGAACUACACAGCUGACAUACCCGUCUCGUUGUAUUCCGAGGUGGGGAGUCUAGUGACCAUCGUCAGGGCGACGGACAGAGACGCAGGUGUCAAUGCGGAGCUGACGUGCGCGAUUGUCGCUGGCAACGAAGAGGGAUACUUCAGUAUGGACCCCAAGAAGUGCGAGAUACGAGCCAACAUCAGCAUGAAGGACGUUCCUCGUGAACAUUUUGAACUAUUGGUGAUGGUCCAGGACAAAGGACCCAACAGGCUCAAUGCCAAAGCAGUUCUGAAGUGUACAGUGUAUGAAAACAUACACAGUCAUAUCCAGCCCGUGUCGACCGAGGACAGUCAGACCACUCUGGAUGUUUCCAUGAUUAUCAUCAUAUCUCUGGGGGCCAUCUGUGCUGUGCUCUUAGUCAUCAUGGUGAUGUUCGCCACGAGAUGCCGCCGGGAAAAGAACGACAUGCGGUCUUACAACUGCAGGGUGGCCGAGUCGACCUACCAGAACCACCCCAAGAAGCCGUCUAGGCAGGUCCACAAGGGGGACAUCACGCUUGUGCCAACUGUCAAUGGCACCCUGCCAGUCAGGUCUCAACACAGGUCGCCGUCCUCCUCGCCCACCAUGGACAGAGGCCAGAUGUGCAGCAGGCCAAGCCAUCACAGCCGCCAAUCGCUGAACAGCCUGGUGACCAUAUCCUCCAAUCACAUCCCAGAGAACUUCUCCCUAGAGCUCACCCACUCCACUCCACCUGUAGAGCAAGUCUCACAGCUUCUGUCCAUGCUCCAUCAGGGCCAGUACCAGCCAAGACCGAGUUUCCGUGGGAAUAAGUUCUCAAGGAGCUACAGGUAUGCCUUGCAAGAUACGGAUAAGUUCAGCCUGAAGGACAGCGGGCGGGGGGACAGCGAGGCCGGAGACAGCGACUGCGAUUUGGGGAGGGAUUCACCCGUCGACAGACUGCUUGUCGGGGGUUUUAGUGAACUGUUCCUCACUGAUGGGCACCACAGACUAAAUGCAGCAAUGAAGUUGUGUACGGAGGAAUGCCGUGUACUGGGGCAUUCUGACCAGUGCUGGAUGCCCCCGUUGGCCUCCCCGGCCUCGUCUGACUACAGAAGUAACAUGUUCAUCCCCGGAGAGGACCCACAGCAGGCUUUGGUGGAAGAGGACCAGCAGUCUGUGGACUCCAACAGCAAGAAGAGCUUCUCUACGUUCGGCAAGGAGGAGGAGGUGGGCGGGGACCUGUGUGGCCCCUCCCUCCUGUCUGAGAUGAGUAGCGUGUUCCAGCGCCUCCUGCCGCCUUCUUUGGACUCGUACGCGGAGUGCAGCGAGACGGAGCGGGCCGGAUCGCUAGAGCGCCGGAAGGGGCACCUGCCCGGAAAGCCUCCCGCGAGUGCACAGGGUGUGGCGGCUUGGGCGGCCAACACGCACUUUCAGAACCCGGGCAGUAGCAUCGGACCCACUCAGGCUAGCCACGUUAGCUCACAGGCGCCGCUAAAGUGGCUGCCGGCCAUGGAGGAGAUUCCGGAGAACUAUGAAGAGGACGAGUUUGACAACGUGCUCAGCCACCUGCAGGGCAAGCGCGCAGACAGCAGGCACGACGUCGUGGAUGCCAGCGAGCUGGUGGCCGAAAUCAACAAACUCUUGCAGGACGUCCAGCAGAGCUAGACGUGGGACUCAAGUCUUUUUUUUCCGUGUUUAGGAAACAAACAGAACUGCGAUUAUAAUUUAGUUGCAUUUAUAAUGUCAAUGUUUUCUGUGAAUGCUAAUUAUCCAAAUAUGUUGCAUUUUCUUGUUCGGUACACAGUGUACACAACGUGAGCGUAAUUGCCUUUGUAUUUUAAAAAUACAUAACUUUAUAUUUAUAUUUGUGUAUAUAAAAUCGAUGAAACAAAAGUUUAUUUUUGUAUUGGUAUUGCACGAGAAUGAGUUGAGUGUGAAAACGAUAUUUAUUCCCUUCCACACUGUUUUUUGCUGUAAAUAAAUAUUAAUGGCAUGAUUCUUUCAUGUGAAGUGAAAGCUUCGAAAAGGACAAAUAUGUUGAGUAUUAUGGGGCAAAUUUUUGCAUGGUCUGACUUGUUUGUUUCUAAAUCACGUAUUAUGUCGGAUUCAUAUUUCUUUCUGUAUGAUACUGAAUGACCAAUAAAAGAAAUUAGCGGGUAUCAAUCAGUCAAAAGAACAUAAAACAAA